AUGGAGUCCGAUAAAGAGAAUUUGAAUAAAUGGAUCGAUAAAACAAGGAUCCCUUUACCAGUACAACCGUUACCGGCUUUACCGAAGCAUCUAUUAAAAAGUGAUCAGAAAAGAGUUCCGUUAAGAAAUCUCAAUAGCGUCGAUCUUGUAGCCGGAUCGAGUCGGUCGUAUGGAAAAUUCGUACCUUACAAACAAAAUGUUCAAAAACAAAACACAGGAGGCGAUAAGUUUGUAACUUUAAGACAAAAGAAUGAUGACCUCGAUUGGGACCUUAAACUUAUAAAUGACAAGAAUAAAGACAAAGAAGAUAGUAUAAUAUCAGUUAGUGAUGACAGUUUUAGUGAAAAAGAAAAUUUAGGUAACGUUGAAGCGAAAAGGAAUAACACACCUUACAAAUCGCCGAUAUUAGAACCGAAUAAAUUUAAAAAUAUAAAAAGAAGUUUAAAACGACCACAUAGUCGGGAGCUGCAAGGACUUUCACCAUUGGGACCGACAGGAAAGAAAGGGGACGAGAAACAUAAGCGACGUUUGAAAUUCGAUGAGAAUUUUCGCCAUCUGCAACCCCCAGAAUAUAGUAAGUCAAUUCGAAUGAAGUGUUUGCAUAGCGACUACGCGAAUGAUAUGUUUGAAUACUUGCUGAGUGUUGAGACACCAGGCCAAGUCUCCAUCCUGCCAACUAUCAGUCGCGCUUGCGUUCUCAAUUGGCUCAUGAAAGUUAAUGGUCCUCGAGGAAAUCCGGCGGUAGUCCAGACCGCAUGUUGGUAUUUGGACUCCGUACUCUGCGGUCGUGUGGUCCAAGUAGACCAGUUGCAGUUGGUAGCCGCGGCAUGCUUCUGGAUAGCGCAAAAGAUUCACGGCCCCAUUGCGUUGGCCUCCAAACUCGUCAAGUACUCUAAUAGAGCCUUCAGCUGCAACCAACUCAGGAAGACUGAAAUGGGAAUCUUAAAUAGGCUGAAAUUCCCCAAACAACCGAUAGUGCCUCAAGAUUUCAUCACGUACUUAUCAUGGGUUUCAAACAAAUCUUGCUUCGGGGAAAUUGAAAUAGCUGCAACCUUUCUGUGCAUGUCUGCUCUGAUGAUUGAUAAGUCCUUCAGCACUGAAUUGCCAUCAGUCAUCGCAGGAGCAUGUGUACGAAAUGCUCUCAUAGCGCUGGGAGACCGAGACUCUAUUCAGCGUCUUCAUAGUUGUCCAAUAUUUCAAGAAAUACAGAAUAAAACGGAGAACGUGUGUGCAAUAUGUUCGCGGUUGCGUCGAGCUGUCGGUGUUGUUGCAGAAAACAAUUUCGAAUACAAAGCGCCAAUCGAGCUGUUCGGUGCUGGUCCACAUUACAUAGCGCAAAAGGUGAUUAAAUUUGUAAAAGAUACAGUCGCCGUCAACUGUACAUAGACAUUUUUGAGGAAAAUGUUCACAACAUAAUGGUACAAUGACGUGAUCUGAAGACUGGUUGGUUAACUUUACGAAUAAAAAA